UUUUUGUCCUGAAAGAUCUUGUCGUUUCUUGUCCUGAAAGCCGGUCGCCGGGCGUGGCGUUGGGAGUGAGUCUCCUGUUUGAUGGACUGAUACAGGGUUAGUAGUGAGGUGGGUAAAGCUCCGGCAUAAAAGAUGGCUAUUGCUGAUGAAAAAUCGCAUUCUGACGGCAAGGUUUGGAGUAUCUGUCGAAUGCCCUUUUGGCAAUCUGGAAAUGCUUCUUCGUCGUCUUCACAAAAUCUUCACCACCAGCAAAACAUCGAUGGUUCUAAUCAUCAUUCUUCAACCACCGUUUCAUCAGUCGCUAGAUCUUUGCUUCCUACUCGCCGUAGACUCCGUCUUGAUCCCCGCAACAAGCUUUACUUCCCCUAUGAACCUGGCAAACAAGUCAGAAGUGCGAUCAGGAUAAAAAACACUAGCAAGUCGGACGUAGCUUUCAAGUUUCAAACAACUGCACCUAAGAGCUGCUUCAUGCGACCUCCAGGGGGUAUCCUUACUCCUGGAGAAAGUCUCAUUGCAACUGUGUUCAAGUUUGUGGAGCAUCCUGAAAACAAUGAAAAGCAACCAGAUCAGAAGAGCAAGGUUAAAUUUAAGAUUGUUAGCCUAAAAGUGAAAGGAGGAAUGGAAUAUGUGCCUGAGCUGUUUGAUGAGCAGAAAGAUCAAGUAGCAGUUGAGCAGAUUCUGAGGGUUGUAUUCUUGGAUGUUGAGCGUCCUACCCCUGCAAUGGAGAAACUUAAGCGACAGUUGGCUGAGGCUGAGGCUGCACUGGAAGCACGGAAGAAACCUCCAGAAGAAACAGGCCCAAGAAUUGUUGGGGAAGGACUAGUUAUAGAUGAAUGGAAAGAACGAAGGGAAAGAUACCUGGCUCAGCAGCAGGUUGAAGGUGUUGAUUCAGUGUAAAGUGUAAAAUGCUUUUGUUGUAAGCGCUUCUUUACUUGAAUGAAUCAUUAUGUACUGUGGAUAAAGAACGUAUCAAUUUCAACCCCUUUUGUCUAAGGGUUUAUAUAUAGUGUUCGGUAUUUAUCUACAGCUAGAAAAAUAAUAAUGUGUUUGGUGUCGUAAAAUGGGAGGUGAAUCUAAUGGAGUUUAGUAUACAUGAGUCUCUGCCUAUAUCCUCCUACUUGUAGAUAACGGGAUUAUUGUUUCUGGCAGAUACAAGGUUGUUUACUAUGGCAAGUAAUGGUUAGAAUGUUCUUGUUAUUUACUUCUUCUGGUUGUAACUUCUGCUUAAAUACAGUGAUAGACACAUUGACUUUGUA